AUGUUGGAGAUGUUUAAACCUUUCCGCCCGCUCUACAAGGUCGCCAUCGGAGAAAAUUUGAGAACUGAAUCUAUAGUCGCAGGCCGGUAUGGAUUCGACGAAGGUCACGGAGAGAAGCGCAGGGGCUAUAUAAAGGUCACCAACACUCCACGUACUCACAGUUCCCUCUUAGCUCCCGAAGGAACACUACCCAAAAAGCACUUCAACAUGCAUUUCUCCUUCCUGACGGCGCUCUUGAUGGUGGCAAUGGUGGCGGCGGCUCCUGAGGCCCAGUACGGCUAUCAGGCCCCUAAGUGCAAGCCUGAGAUCCAGUACGUGACCCGGACGGAGACCGUACCCGAGUACGUAACCACAACCCAGUACCAGACUCAGACGCAGUACCAGACUCAGUACCAGCCGCGCUACGUCACCCAAACGCAGCAGGUGCCACAGUACGUCACCCGAACGCAGACGGUGCCCGAGUACAUCACCCAGACGGUGCCUCAGUACGUCACCAGGACGCAGUACCAGAAGCAGUACGUCACCGUCACCAAGCCAUGCCCGACCUCCGGAGGUUACGGAGGAUAUCGCGGUUAAUGACUUCAGUGAAAAUGUUCGUGGUUCUUAAAAGCCCCGGGAUCGGCUUUUAUAAUUUAAUAAAUAGUCUCUAAACAC